CACAGCCUCCGAGCUCACUGCAGCAGGGACAGCGGACGCCCAGCGGUGCAGCCAGAGCUUGGCUGGGGGCGCCGAGGGCAGGAGCAGGAAAGAACCAUGUCCCCAGGCUGCCCGCGCCUCUGGGUCCUGCUGGUCCUGGGCUCCAGCUGGGCAGGCUUGGGGGUCCCGGGGGCCGAGGCCGCGCGGCUGAGGCAGUUCUAUGUGGCUGCGCAGGGCAUCAGCUGGAACUACCACCCGGAGCCCACAAACCCCAGUUUGAAUCCUUUUGCAACAACUUUUAAGAAAAUUGUCUACAGAGAGUAUGAAGCAUAUUUUCAUAAAGAAAAACCACAAUCUAAAACUUCAGGACUUCUUGGGCCUACUUUAUAUGCUGAAGUUGGAGACAUCAUGAGAGUUCACUUUAAAAAUAACGCAGACAAGCCCUUAAGCAUCCAUCCUCAAGGGAUUAAGUACAGUAAGUCCUCAGAAGGUGCCUCCUACUCUGACCACACGUUCCCGGCCGAGAAGCUGGAUGAUGCUGUAGCUCCCGGCCACGAAUAUACCUACGAGUGGGCCAUCAGUGAGGACAGUGGGCCCACACAGGAUGACCCGCCAUGCCUCACCUACAUCUACUACUCCUAUGAAAAUCUGAUACAGGACUUCAACUCUGGGCUGAUUGGACCUCUGCUUAUUUGUAAGAAAGGCACCCUCACCGAGGAUGGGAGUCAGAAGAUGUUUGACAGGCAGCAGGUGCUCAUGUUUGCUGUGUUUGAUGAAAGCAAGAGCUGGAGCCAGUCAUCAUCCGUCAUGUAUACAGUCAACGGCUAUGUGAAUGGGACGAUGCCAGAUAUCACCGUUUGUGCCCAGGACCACAUCAGCUGGCAUCUGAUCGGCAUGAGCUCUGGACCAGAACUCUUCUCCAUUCACUUCAAUGGCCAGGUCCUGGAGCAGAACCAUCACAAGGUCUCAGCCGUGACCCUCGUCAGCGCUACGUCCACGACUGCUAACAUGACGAUGGGCCCGGAGGGGAAGUGGAUCAUCUCAUCUCUCAUCCCCAAGCACUUUCAAGCUGGGAUGCAGGCUCGCAUCGACAUUGAGAACUGUGCCAAGAAGACGCGGAGUCCUAAGGGGCUGACGCCCGAGCAGAGGCGGCACAUGAAGAGGUGGGAAUACUUCAUCGCUGCGGAGGAAGUCAUCUGGGACUACGCACCCUUCAUUCCAGUGAACAUGAACAAAAAAUACAGAUCUCUGCACUUGGAUAAUUUCUCCAACCAAAUUGGAAAACAUUAUAAGAAGGUUGUGUACAAACAGUACCAAGAUGAGACCUUCACCAAACGCCUGGAGGAGUCCAGAAACGAUGAAGACGGGAUCUUGGGCCCUAUUAUCAGAGCCCAGGUCAGAGACACGCUCAAAAUCACAUUCAAAAAUAUGGCCAGCCGCGCCUACAGCAUUUACCCUCAUGGCGUGACCUUCUCUCCUUUGGAAGACAAAGUCAACUCUUCCUCCGCCUCAGGCAGUAACACCAUGGUCAGAGCAGUUCAACCAGGGGAAACCUACACUUAUAAAUGGAAUAUCCUGGAGUCUGAUGAGCCCACAGACAAUGACGCCCAGUGCUUAACAAGACCGUACUACAGUGAUGUGGAUGUCACAAGGGACAUUGCCUCUGGGCUCAUAGGGCUACUUCUGAUUUGUAAGAGCAGAUCCCUGGACACGCGAGGCAUACAGAGGGCAGCAGACAUCGAGCAGCAGGCUGUGUUUGCUGUGUUUGAUGAGAACAAGAGCUGGUACAUUGAGGACAACAUCAACAAGUUUUGUGAGAAUCCUGAGGAGGUGAAGCGUGACGACCCUAAGUUUUAUGAGUCAAACAUCAUGAGCACCAUCAAUGGCUACGUGCCCGACAGCAUCUCCACACUCGGGUUCUGCUUUGACGACACCAUCCAGUGGCACUUCUGCAGCGUGGGGACCCAGGAUGACUUUCUUACCAUCCACUUCACUGGGCACUCCUUCAUCUACGGGAAGAGGCAUGAGGACACCUUGACGCUCUUCCCCAUGCGCGGGGAAUCGGUGACCGUCACGAUGGAUAAUGUGGGAACUUGGAUAUUAACUACCAUGAAUUCUAAUCCAAGAAGCAAAAACCUACGGCUGAGAUUCAGGGAUGUUAAGUGUAACCGGGAUGAUGAUGAAUAUGGAUAUGAAAUAUACGAACCUCCACCAUCUACAUCCAUGACUACACGGAAAAUGCGUGAGUUUCCGGAAAACCAGGGUGAAGUAGAUGAGACUGAAGAUGAUUACGAUAGUCACUUGGCUUCGUUAUUUGGAAUUAGGUCAUUCAGAAAUUCAUCACUGAAUCAGGAGGAAGAUGAGUUCAAUCUUACUGCCCUAGCCCUGGAGAACAGCUCUGAAUUCAUCCCUCCAAGUACUGAUACAGCCAUUGAUUCAAAUUCUUCUUCCCCAAGUGACAGCGGGCUAAUUGACAAUAAAUUUGCAGAACCUAACAAAACCCUUCCUCACCCUGAAACCACCACAGCUGGUCCUCAGGUGGGGCAUAGCUUAGAAAAGAGCUCAGUUCUCGGCCCUUUCACAGCAGAGCAUUCCAGCCCUUAUUCUGAAGUCCCUAUAGAGGAUCCUCUACAGCCAAAGGUCACAGGGACAAGCCUCCUAUCACUUGGUGCAGAAGGAUUCAGAAGCCAAGGAUAUGCUCAACGUAAGGGAUGGGAGGCAAGGCACAGGUUCUCCCGGAUGAAAUUUCUAGGACAUAAAACAGGGAGACAUUUAAGCCAAGGCAACUCUUCUUCCAUCAUGGGGCCCUGGAAGGACCUUCCCAGUGAUCUCUUAAAACACAAGACUCUCUCUAAGAAUUUGAAUGGGAAAUGGCAUUUGGUUUCUGAAAAAGGUAGCUAUGAAAUAAUCCCCGAGGCUGAUGAAGACAUGGCGGUUAAUAAGCUGCGGAACAGCCCCCAGAAUGCCUCAAGGACAUGGGAAGAACGCAUCCCUCUUACCAACAAGCAUGGAGAGCAAGGUGGCCACCCAAAGUUUUCUGGAAUUAGACAUAAAUUUCUACAAACAAGACCUGGAGGAAGCAGUAGAGUGAAGAACAGCACUUUUCUCAUUCGGACACGAAAAAGGAAGCCUACACACCACACUCCUCUCUCUCCAAGGAGCUUUCCCAGAGGAGAGGGCAACCUCACCCUCCCAGACGCCCUUCACAAGGUCAAGGAGACGUCUCUUCCCACCGACCUCGCCCAGACAUUGCCCCGUGGGAAUCUCAGCCUGGUAGCCUCACUUCCCGACCAUAAUCUCAGUCUCCCAGACAGCACUGGUCAGACAAGCUUCUCGCCAGACAUGUAUCAGGCAAUGCCCCCUGAACAGCUCUACCAAACGUUCCCGAGUCAAGACUCUGAUCAAACACAGUUCCCUCCAGGCCCCAGUCAUGAAGCUUCUCCAGAGCCUGGCCAGAUGCCUGACUAUGAUGGAGGAACCCAGUCCUUCCCUACCAACACUGGACAAGUGUCCCCUUCCUUAGAACGUGAAGUCUGGCAGACAGCCAUCCCUCCAGAACUUAGUCAGAUGACCCUUUCCCCUGACCUCGGCCAGACGACCCUUUCCCCUGACCUUGGCCAGACGACCCUUUCCCCUGACCUCGGCCAGAUGACCCUUUCCCCUGACCUUGAUCAGACGACCCUUUCCCCUGACCUCAGCCAGGAGACCCUCUCUCCAGACUUCAGACAUGCAACUCUCUCUCCAGACAUCACUCAGACAGGCCUUCCUCCUGAUCUCAGGCAGAGAUCACCUCCUCCAGACCUUGGUCAAACAGCCUACACUUCCGAAUCCAGUCCGUCCUUGCCUCUUCCAGAAUUUGAUCCUACUUUUCCUUAUUCAGACUUUGGUCAGAUGCCUUCUCCGCAACCAUCUCCUUCACUAAGUAACACUUUGAUAGCAAGUGAAUUUAAUCCACCCAUUGUGUUUGGCUUCAGUGGAGAAGAUGGAGAGUACAUUGAGAUUACACCGAGGCAGAAACAACAGAGCAGUGAAGAAGACGCUCUUGAAAUAAAUAGUGUGACCUACAAUGACCCUUACCAAACCGAUAUUAGGAUAGACAUCAACUCCUCCAGAAAUCCGGACCGCAUUGCAGCAUCAUACCUCCGCAGCAGCAACGGGAACAGAAAAUAUUACUACAUUGCUGCAGAAGAAAUAUCCUGGGAUUACGCAAAACACGCACAAAGUGACAUGGAUAACGAAGACACUGAUGAGGUUCCAGAGGACACCAUAUACAAGAAAGUUGUUUUCCGAAAGUACCUGGAUGGCACUUUCACCCAACGGGACCCUCGGGGAGAGUCUGAAGAGCAUCUUGGCAUUCUUGGUCCUGUUAUUAGAGCUGAGGUGGAUGACGUUAUCCAAGUUCGUUUUAAAAACUUAGCAUCCAGACCGUAUUCUCUUCAUGCCCAUGGGCUUUCCUAUGAAAAGUCGUCGGAGGGAAAGAAUUAUGAAGAUGAGUCUCCCAAGUGGUUUCAGGAAGACAAUGCUGUUCAGCCAAACAGCAGCUACACCUACGUAUGGCACGCCAUCGGGAGAGCGGGGCCAGAGAACCCCGGCUCUGCCUGCCGGGCGUGGGCCUACUACUCAGCAGUGAACACGGAACGGGACAUCCACUCGGGCCUGAUAGGCCCCCUUGUGAUCUGCCGGAAAGGAACGCUGAACAGGGAGAGCGGAAUGCCCGUGGACAUGAGGGAGUUCGUCUUGCUUUUCAUGGUCUUUGAUGAAAAGAAGAGCUGGUACUAUGACAAGAAACACCAAAGUUCCUGGAGACGUGGAUCCUCAGAAGCAAAACCCUCCCACACGUUCCAUGCCAUCAACGGGAUGAUCUACAAGUUGCCUGGCCUGAGGAUGUACGAGCAGGAGUGGGUGAGGCUGCACCUGCUGAACGUGGGCGGCUCCCGGGACAUCCACGUGGUUCACUUCCACGGCCAGACCCUGCUGGAAAACGGCACUCGGCAGCACCAGCUCGGCGUCUGGCCCCUGCUGCCUGGUUCAUUUAAAACUCUUGAAAUGAAGGCAUCAAAACCUGGCUGGUGGCUCCUAAACACAGAGGUUGGAGAAAACCAGGUGGCAGGGAUGCAAACGCCAUUUCUCAUCAUAGACAGAGAAUGUAAGAUGCCACUGGGACUAAGCACAGGCCUCAUAGCUGAUACCCAGAUCAAGGCGUCGGAGUUUGUGGGUUACUGGGAGCCCAAAUUAGCAAGAUUAAACAAUGGUGGAUCAUAUAAUGCAUGGAUGACAGAAAAAAAUUCAGAAUUUGACUCUAAACCUUGGAUCCAGGUGGACAUGCAAAGGGAAGUCGUAUUCACAGGCAUCCAGUCCCAAGGUGCCAAACACUACCUGACGUCCUACUUCACCACCGAGUUCUGCGUGGCCUACAGCUCCGACCAGACCAACUGGCAGAUUUUCAAAGGGAACAGCACAAGGAACGUGAUGUAUUUUGAUGGCAACUCCGACGCCUUUACAGUAAAAGAAAAUCUGUUUGACCCACCGAUUGUGGCAAGAUACAUUAGGGUCUAUCCAACCAGAUUCUACCACAGACCUGCCCUGCGCCUGGAGCUGCAAGGCUGCGAGAUUAAUGGAUGCUCCACCCCACUGGGUAUGGAAAGUGGGAAGAUAGCAGACACGCAAAUCACAGCUUCCUCGUUUAAAAAGUCCUGGUGGGGAGACUACUGGGAGCCCUCCCGUGCCCGCCUGAAUGCCCAGGGCCGUGUGAAUGCCUGGCAAGCCAAGGCAAACAACAACAAGCAGUGGUUACAAAUCGAUCUGCUCAAAAUCAAGAAGAUAACUGCGAUUGUUACGCAGGGCUGCAAGUCCCUCUCCUCUGAAAUGUACGUGAAGAGCUACGCCGUCCACUACAGUGACCAGGGAGUGGAAUGGAAGCCUUACAGGCAGAAAUCCUCCAUGGUGGACAAGAUUUUUGAAGGAAAUAGUAAUAUAAAAGGGCAUGUGAAGAACUUUUUCAACCCUCCAAUCAUUUCCAGGUUUAUCCGUAUCAUCCCGAAAACGUGGAAUCAAAGUAUUGCCCUUCGCCUGGAGCUCUUCGGCUGUGAUAUUUACUAGAAUUGAAUAUUCAGAGAGACAGAAAAGACUCUUAAACAUAUCAAGCCACUUAGAGUGGGCAAUGUAUUUUAUAGCUAUGUUAAAUUCUCUAUUAAAGAAUAAAAUUUUAUAUGUGAAAUUUUUAUAAUGUAACUCCUGGCUACCAUUAAUUGAGAUGAUAGAUAGUAUUUUUGCAUUAAUUUGAAUGUAAAUGGGAAAAUAACAAGAAC